AUGAUGUACUUUGACAACUACAACCAGCAAUCUGCCCAAGAGCAGUCUGGAAUGGUCUACUGGGCGCCAGUCAACGUCCCAACGCCAUUUGGAAUUCCAGGACCUGUGGAAAUGCCUGUGGCUCAACACACUGGAUUCAAUGAAGGACCACGGAUUCUUGACGAAUUCUCCGUGGGGAAUAUCACGAUUCGCAUUCAUGAUUGCACUCCCCGCCACAUUUUCAAGAAGCACUGGAAGGACUUCCAGCACGCGACCAGAGGAGCGAGAGAUUGGAACACUGUCGAGAGAAACGUGUCAAGUUUUCUGAAGAAAUUGAUUUUGAGCUCGCCUCAACUUCUCUUCACUGAUGAGCUGGUGACUAGGAAGGACGGACUCCUCCUGUACGUUCGUCAACCAAGGGACAAGAUGUUUCAUCGUAUAGCCCUUGCCCAGGAUGAGGCGGAAGGACACGUUUAUAACGUGAGCACCGCGUAUAAGUUGUGGAUCGAUGAGGCGGUGCAAUUUUCUGGACAAUGGAAGGAAUUCGGGUCACAACAAGACGUCAACUACCACCCUAGAAUGACAGGAAUCUUCACAAGGACUUCUUGGAAUUCCCACCUGGCCAACAUCCACCACCGUCCGACACCUCAGAUUGCAGAGGUCCCACUGCAAUAUAUUGUUCCCCAUUUUGUUUUUUCCCCGGUUCCAAAUGUCCAAUUUGCCCCUCCUUCUCCACAAUUCAUCCAAUUUUUACCUUAUCCCCCUCCAGUCUAUGCCUGA